CCGCAGCGGCUGCCCGGCAGGCGGCUGGGGCCUCGCUGCGCCGGACGCCAGGGGCUGAGCGCGCGCCUUGACGUCGGACCGGAGGCAGCAUGGAGGUCCAGGGCGGCGGCAAGGCGGAGGCUCCGGGCGGCCGGCGGGUGCUGGUGGUGGGUGGCGGCAUCGCGGGGCUGGGCGCGGCGCAGCGGCUCUGCCGCCACCCGGCCGCCCGGAACUUACAGAUCCUGGAGGCCACGGCCCGCGCCGGGGGCCGCAUCCGUUCGGAGCGCAGUUUCGGUGGCGUGGUGGAGCUGGGCGCGCACUGGAUCCACGGGCCCUCCAAGGGCAACCCCGUCUUCCAGCUGGCUGCCGACUUUGGGCUUCUGGGGGAAAAAGAGUUGUCUGAGGAGAACCAGCUGGUGGAAACAGGCGGGCAUGUGGGCUUGCCCUCCACAUCCUGCACCAGCUCUGGGAGAAGGGUGAGCCUGGAGCUGGUGGCAGAGCUGGCUAGUCUGUUCUAUGGGCUGAUAGACCAGACCCGAGAAUUCCUGCAUGCCACAGAGACUCCGGUGCCCAGCGUUGGGGAGUUCCUCAAGAGGGAGAUCAGCCAGCGGAUGGCCAGCUGGACGGAGGAUGUGGAGACCAAGAAGCUCAAGUUAGCUGUCCUGAAUACCUUCUUCAAUGUGGAGUGUUGUGUGAGCGGCACCCACAGCAUGGACCUGGUGGCCCUGGCCCCUUUUGGGGAGUACACCGUGCUGCCAGGGUUGGACUGCACCUUCUCUAGAGGCUACCAAGGACUCACAGACCGCCUAAUGACCUCCUUGCCCAAGGAUACAGUGGUUUUUAACAAGCCGGUGAAGACCAUUCACUGGAAUGGAUCCUUUCAGGAGGCAGCAUUUCCUGGAGAGACCUUCCCAGUGUUGGUGGAGUGCGAAGAUGGUGCAUGCUUCCCAGCCCAUCAUGUCAUUGUCACUGUGCCUUUAGGUUUUCUCAAAGAACAUCAGGACAUCUUCUUUGAGCCACCACUGCCUGCUGAGAAGGCAGAAUCUAUCAGGAAAAUAGGUUUUGGAACCAAUAACAAAAUUUUCCUGGAGUUCAAGGAACCCUUUUGGGAACCAGGCUGCCAGUUCAUCCAGGUGGUAUGGGAGGACACAUCACCCCUAGAGGAUAUGACCCCUGUGUUGCAGGAUGCCUGGUUCAAGAAGCUCAUUGGCUUUGUGGUCCUGCCUGCCUUUGAGUCUGCACAUGUGCUCUGUGGGUUCAUUGCUGGGCUAGAGUCUGAGUUUAUGGAGACUCUGUCAGAUGAAGAAGUGCUUUUGUCUUUAACCCAAGUCCUCCGGAGAGUAACAGGAGAUCCACAGCUACCUGCACCCAGAAGCGUGCUGAGGUCUCACUGGCACAGCGCCCCAUACACCUGUGGCUCUUAUAGCUAUGUGGCUGUGGGCAGCAAUGGGGAUGACAUAGACCUGCUGGCCCAGCCCCUCCCUGUGGAUAGUGCCCGCACCCAGCUUCAGGUGCUGUUUGCUGGGGAAGCCACGCAUCGAACCUUUUAUUCCACAACACACGGGGCCUUGCUGUCUGGCUGGAGGGAGGCAGACCGCCUAAUCAGUCUGUGGGACUCUCAGGUGCAGCAGCCCCGGCCCAAGCUCUGAUCUUGGCUCUGCUGCUCUGUGUGGGCAGACUUAGAGCUUUCUUCCCCCUGACAUGACUUUCCAUCAAUCUUGAGAUUUUGGGAUCUUACAGCCUUCCUUUUGGGUAACUGGUCACCGUCUUGUUCUUACAUCUGUCUCAGGAGUCUGGCUUGGGCUGCACAUGACUACACAGGCCACUACUGCUAAUAGUGAUGCUACAUAUAUAAAACAGUUAAGGCCAGCUUUGUGUCCAGAGUGCUCCUUACAUCUUAGAGCUGAAGCAUCUGUGGUCUGUGUUCUCGUUCUGUUCCAGGCCAGGUUGGGGGUCCUGUGCCUCUGAUCUCUAACUCAGCACCUACUCCACAGUCCUGGGUUUCCUGACCUUGGGUUCCUCAUCUCCCAUUGCUGGUAUCCAGCACCUCAAUGUGGUUGAUGAACCUGCCUUGGACAUUCCAUGCACUGGGGGCAGGGUGAGGAUGGAGCACUGGAGAGGCCAGUAUGGGUUCCUGUCCUGAUCAGGACCACACAACUGUCACGGAGUAAUGGUGACUGUGGUUGAGGCUUCUUGGCACAAGGGGCAGUGGUUCCCAGCACCGCCCCCACAGAGACUUUCCCAACUACUGAGGCAAGCCAGGGCCUUUGCUUACAUCGCAUUCCAGCUGUGACUUCAUGGAUACACCUCCUCUAUAACCACUGUCCUGCUCUGAGAACCACUCCCAUUUCUUAGAAAUCACCACAAUCUUCUACACAUCCUUACCAUAAUCAUUAGAAUAAUCUUGUAUAAAAUAAACUUGCAUAAAAGUGCAAAAGA